AUGGAUGCUCCUAACAAUCGCAGUAGCAUGAGAUACAAGAACAUCGAAAAAAAUAAAUCGGACACGUUGAAGCUAAAGAAAAAAAACUGCGUCUUUAUAACCUGCUUUAUUUUUUACACCUUUUUUUUAUCCACCGUAAAUAGUUUUUAUAAGUAUUUGCACCUAAGAACGUCACGCUUCAUUUUGACUUACUCGAAUAUCUUGUACUUGGUAUCUUUUUUCUCGUUAAACAACCAGGUCGAAUUGCUGAUAGGACUGCAGAAUGGCAUUCUCCCUGUAGACAAUUUUCUCAGGGAGGUUAAGAAAAAACUUCGAAGCAUUGACUUUUUCCUCGUGCACCAUGUGGUCCGCUGUGUGUACCAGUUUUGGAAGUUCGUGAUCAGGCGGCGGAUAAGGGUGAAGACAUUUUGCAAACUCGGGGUGUUCCUAUCGAUUGCCAACUUUUUAAUUCAAAAAAAUAUCCAAAACGACUUCGUCAGGAUAACCUUUUCUUCUUUUUUUUUUGUGUCCCUGUUCAUUCUUCACAUGUGCUUCAAAAUCGGGAUGCGGGAUUUUAUGGUUUUCCAAUGGUACUCCACAAAGGGAGGAAAAAAAAACGAACACAACAGCCUAUAUAAAGAGAAGAAGAAGCCCGAUUUACUCAUGAACGAAUUGGGGUUUCUCCUAAUAUUUCUAUGCCUGUCCGAUAGUCACCAUUUGAGGCACUCCAACACGCUGGUGAUAUGUGCCCUGCGACUAGUCGCGUUUAAAAUUUUGUUCGGCUCAGCCGUGCACAAGCUUGUUUACAACAGCCCCCAGUGGAUGCACCUGGAGGCCUGCCAAAAUUUAUUUUUCUGUCAACCAGCCCCCUCGAUACUUUCGCAUAUCGCCAAUUGCACAUUUAACAAAAAGAUAAUUUGCUCCCUGGUCUUAACAUCGGAGCUUUUACUCUCCUGGCUCAUAUUCUGUUCCUCAAUUUUAAGGCUAAUUUUUUUUACUCUCUUUGUGGCUAUUCACAUAACCUGCUAUAUCAUCUGCAAUUAUAUUUUUUUUUCGUACUUGUGUCUAAUUUUAUUUUUGUCCUCCCUUGACGAUUCGAUUUUAAAUUAUUUUUCCCAUUCGAGGGAGAUCCCCGCCCUGCACGAAAACGGCGCGCCCAUCAACACCGUGACCUUUUUGCUCGUCGGUUUCGUCAACCUCGUCAUUCUUCUCUUCUACGCCCUAAUCGUCCUUAUAAACCUCGUCCCCUUCGUCGAACAAUGGAAAAUUGACGAUUUAAAGUGCUUUCACCUUUGCUACUACCUUUUUUAUGAACUCUGUCCUCUAAAUAUUUGCAAUUCGUAUGCCAUGCUAACAUACACACGCACAAGCACAAGCACAAACACACACAGAGAAGAAAUAAUCAUAGAGGAACUGCACAAGAUUGGGAAGAGAUACCAAUGGAAGUCCUUCAAUUUUUGUUAUAAGGCAGGCGACUUAAAUGAGAUAGGUCCCAUCCUGUGGUGGGGACACGUGCCCAGACUGGAGUGGAAGUUUUAUUUUUUCGCUGACCAGAUCAGAAAUGAGAAAUAUGAAAGGGACAGGGCGAACAAAUGGGACGAGUGCCUUACCUACUCAGGUUGA